CGCUUUUGAAACGAAACUAAGCAGAGUCAUCAUCGAGUUCACGUUGCAGCAUCUGAUAGGGGAUAGUGACACGAUACAAUGGAGUGGUUUUCUGGCUCCAUACCACAGGCUAUACAAAAAGCCAAGCAAGACAAUGCGCUCUUCGUUGUUUACGUACGAGGUAAAAAUGAAGAUACAGAAAAGAUGGAUACUAUUUGGAAAGAGAAAAAUGUGAUAUCUACCUGUAAAGCCAACAAAUGUAUUGUUAUUCAGAUACAAGGAGACAGUGAAGAAGGGAAAUUCUUUGGAGAAAUCUACCCCAUAUUGUUUCUACCCUCUACUUACUUCAUCGGAUUGAAUGGUAUACCUUUGGAGGUGACAGGAGGCCAUGUGGAAUCAGAUGCAUUUGUACAGAACAUCAACUCAGCACAACAGAAGUUGCAAGAGCAGAUCAGUAAACAGAAUCCUGCUGCAUCAUCUUCAUCAUCUGCAUCAGCUGCCGCAGUCUCCAUGGCGAGUACCUCAGCCACCCAACCUGUAGAUAAACCACCACUGGAGGAGAGAGUAGACAAGGCCAAAGAAAAGAUGGAGCAGAAGAGAAUUGAGAAGCUACAGAAAGAAAACGAGGAAGCCAAAUUGAGAGAAGAAGAACGAAGAAAAUUGGGGAAAGACAUGCACACACUAAAGCAAUAUCAGGAAGACAGACAAAGAAAAGAGCUGGAGGAGGAAAUAAGAAAAGACAGAGAAGAAAACAAGAAAAUGAGGGAGAAAAUUAAAGAACAAAUUGCUAGAGAUAGAGAGGAGAAGGCUCAGAUGUACAAGAGGAAGAAAGAGGAACAGAAUAAGGAAGCUGAGGAGAAGAAGAUCACCAAGCUACAGGCUCAACAGCAGGCAGCAGCCAUGGAAAAUUCUAAGAGAAGUGAGAAGGCUAGGCUACAGAUUCGCCUACCAGAUGGGUCUUCUAUCAACAACAUAUUUGACCCUUCAGAUACUCUAGAAGCCGUCCAUCAGUUCAUCACCGCUUCAACUGGAAAUCAGAUGUCUGUAUCAACAAUCUACCCUAAAAGAUCAUUCACAGAGGAGGACCGAUCUGAAACCCUAAUGUCUCUCGGCCUAGCCCCUACAGCAGUUCUCAUUGCUGUCACUAGAAGAUCACAGUCAUCUGCCCCUUCUGGAGGAGGGGAUGGAGCAGUCAGUGAAGGAGGAGUGUUGUCCAUGUUACUGGCUCCAUUUAUGAUGCUCUGGAACUUUAUUUAUUCACUGAUAUUUGGAGGGUCAGGGUCAACACCACCUGCGGGUCAGGAAGCAAAUCAACAGCAAAGAGCAGAACCACAACGCUGGGCGCAACAACGGGGAGCAAACACAAGUCAGCAGAAAAGACAGAGUAAUAAAGAUGGAAACAUAACAAGAUUUCAUAAUAUUGAGGAUGAUGAUGACGAUGAAAAUGCAACAUGGAAUGGAAACUCUACGCAGCAGAUGUGAUUGUCUUUAUUCCGACACUGUAGAUUUUUUGUUGACUGAGGCAGUGUUUCAAUAUCCAUUCCGUAUGGUAUUACACUCGUUGACCUAAGGAUUCUAAGGAUUUUAUAGUGCUGUGUUAAAUUUAAUAGUAUCUUAUCAAGAGUAAAUUGAUAUUAAAUUAAUAUGAAAGAUUAUGACCACGCAUUUAUUUAUUGGUUAUGCAAGAAUUGGUUUGAUUUUUUUUUAAGAAUUUUAAGGAUAGAACCUUUAUUUAGAAUCAUGUGUGCACAAAGUUUAAAAGAAUACAUAUUGGUACACUGUAGUUGUGAGUGACAGCUUUAAGUUCAUUGUGUAUAGGUAUAUGGUAUUGAUAGUAUGGUGCAUGCAUUUAAAGUCAGUGGUCCAAAGGAACUGUGAAAUUAUGUCUUGGUGCACCAUCUGUCAUGUUUUUUUUUUUUUUUUUUUUUAUAAAUCACUACUAUAGGUGGUCCACAAUGGUGAGUGAAUGUGAUUUGGAUAAUUCUUGGGGGGAGACGUAGGGUAUUGACCUCAGCAACAAAUUUGUAAGAUAUGAGUAAAUAUUUAAAACUGCAUGUUCCUAUACGAUUCUAAUCAAAUUUGAUGUAAAAUGUCCCCUUAAAACAGGGGACUGUGGUAUAAACCAUAUGUCAGUCCGAUGAGGGUCAGGAAUUUUUUUGAAAUUGGACCUUAAAGUUGAAUAUAUUUGUACCUAUCUGCAAAAAUGCAUAUUCUUAACAAAGAAGUAAAAUUGUGUGAAAGGGAUAGAGUAUAUUAUUGUCCUCCUUAGUUCUGAGAGUUGGAAACCAUUUUGGGAGGAAUUUAUGUUGCUUAGAGUUUAUGAUUUUAUUGAAUUAUUAUUAUUUGCCUUUCACAUGUGCAAUUGUCUAAUUACUUGAUAAGUAUGGUAUCAUUUUCUGGCAUUUACCUUUAUGGCGAUAUCAAAAAUACCCGUGCCAUGAUGCUACAAUUUCAGUUUGAGGUUGUAAGUUAAGAUGAUAUAUGCUUAAUAACUUCAGAGUGAUAAUUUUACCUUCCAAAUAUGGAUAAGGUACCAUUAUCAGAGUAACAGUUGAAUCUAUUUUUAGAAUCUAAACUGUAGAUGUAUUAGUUUGUUUACUGUUAACCAGAACUGUUGAGAAAGCAUGGCCGGGUAUUUUUUAAAAGAACAACAGCAAAAUAUUUCUUGCUAUAAUGAAUCUAUUUCAUUAAAUAUUUGACAUAAAUUUAAUUUAAUUUCAUGUUUUUGUUUUAAAUGGACUAAAUAUCAGCAUUGUCAGUAAAAACUUCCUAGUUAAAUUAAUAUCAAAGAAAUUGGUGUGUAUACAGUAACAAAGCAGUGCUCGUGUUGCUCCAUAGCCCAUGGCUGUGGUAAUGGUGUAAGUUAUGAUAAAAUUCAGACAUUGUUUUUCGUAUUAGUAGAACACCAACAGAAAAAAAA